AUGUCGAAGCAACGACGCAUCGCAUUCGUAGCAAUAGAAAUUGCUUUUAUAGCAGCAUUUUUGAGUUACAGACAUGGCUUUGUAAACUUAGAGUCAUUAAGGCGGCUUCGUAAUGAAAGUUCAAAAGUAAAUGCAACCCUAGGAAAUUCCACUAACAACACCACCUUAGCCGAACGGUUAGCUAAUGAGGUACGCAUACUCUGUUGGGUUAUGACCACGCCAGCUAAUCAUAAAACUAAAGCGUUGCAUGUACGUCGCACGUGGGGUAGGCGCUGUAAUCGCCUUUUAUUCGUUACCUCGCAGCCAGAUGAAGAAUUGGGCGAAACACUGGUUAUAACGGAAGUUGAGGAUACUUAUGGUAAAAUAUGGGGUAAAACAAGAUUGGCGUUUGAGCAAAUAUAUCACAAAUAUGGAGAUGACAUGGACUGGUUCUACAAGGCCGACGAUGAUACCUACGCUUUCAUCGAAAAUAUGCGUUACUUACUAUACCCUUAUAGUACGGAAAUGCCGAUCUACUUUGGAUACAACUUCAAAAUGAAUCAAGAUAACGAACAGGUCUACAUGUCUGGCGGUAGCGGCUAUGUUUUAAGUCGUGAGUCUCUUCGUCGCUUUGUUGAAUCGGCUAUAGUCAAUAAUACCGGAUGUGAUGUUAUCAACGAUGCACAACCGGAAGAUUGGGCGAUGGGUCGUUGUUUGCGUGCCGUAAAUGUUACUGCCGGCGAUUCACGUGACACGCAUGGUGAAAUACGUUUUUACCCAUUUGAGGCGCAUGUAGUGUUGCUGGCAACAUAUCUACAAGAUGAUUUUUGGUUCUUUGACUACAGUUUUUAUAAUCCGCGUGCGUGCAGAGAUUGUCUUUCAAAAUAUCCGGUAGCUUUUCAUUAUAUCAGCCCGGAACUUAUGUAUUUGUAUGAAUUUUUUGCUUACGAAUUUCGAGCCCACGAUCUGCCGGAUGAUCCGGAAUUUGUUUUGCCUAAAAAAACUAAGUCCUGA